AUGGCCCGCCUCAUCUACAAAGGUGGACUCUUAACCACCAUAGCCAGCAUAGCGCUGGCAACUCCAUCAAUCGACGACUGGACACAGCGCUCAAUCUACCAAGUCCUAACGGACAGGUUCGCACGCCCAAACAGCGCACCAGACACAGCGUGCGACACGAGCAAAUACUGCGGCGGGACCUGGGCCGGGAUUAAGGAGAACCUCGACUACAUCCAAGACCUCGGCUUCACGGCGAUCCAGAUCUCGCCGGUGGUGGAGAACAUCGCCGAGACGACAACAGCCGGAGAGGCAUGGCACGGCCACUGGCCGCAGGACCUGUACGCGCUGAACGGGCACUUCGGGAGCGCGGACGACCUGCGCGCACUGGCCGACGAGCUCCACCGACGGGACAUGUACCUGAUGGUGGAGGUGGUGCUCAACAACAUGGCGCAAGCCGUCAGCACGAGGGACGACGAGCCGGUGGUGAUCGACUAUACACGGCUGCACCCGUUCGACAAGGAGGACUACUACCACCCCUACUGCAACAUCAGUGAUGACGCAGCAGGAGACGGGGCCGCGACACAGAACUGCUGGCUUGCCAGCGGACCCGUCGCGCUGCCCGACCUCAAGACCGAGGACGCGCAGGUGUCCGCCACCCUGCAGAGCUGGGUGCAAGAGCUGGUGCGUGAGUACUCGAUCGACGGGCUCCGCAUCGCCGCGACCGAGCACAUGGACCGCGGGUUCCUGCGGGAGUUCACGCAGGCGGCGGGCGUGUUCACGCUGGGGGAGGUGGACUCGGUCGACGCGACGACGAUGUGCGAGUACGACGACGCGGUCUCGGGCCUGCUCAACUACGCGGUCUAUAAGCCCAUCACGAUGGCGUUCGCGCCCGGCGGCGACAUGCCGGGGUUGGUGAACAGUCUGCAGACGGCGAUCGAGAAGUGCGACAACUACACGCAUCUGGCAACGUUCCUCGAGAACCACGAUGUGCCGCGGUUUGCGUCGCUUCAGAAUGAUACUGCUCUCGCGCAAAACGCAUUAGCAUUCACCCUGCUCACGGACGGCAUCCCCAUCGUAUACCAAGGCAGCGAACGCACGCAAGAAACCGCCAACGCACCCCUGUGGAUGCUCCCGGCCCCUGCCCCGGAAACCCAAACCACCACACAAACAAUAACCCAAACCCUCAACCACCUCCGCGCGCACGCCCUGAAAAUUGACGCGGGGUAUCCGACCAACCACAGCGAGACGCUGUACCUGGACGGCUCGACGUACAUCACGCGGAAGGGGACGGAGGGGAUGCAGAUCGUGUCGGCGUUCUCGAACCGCGGCGGCGGCAGCGAAGGGAACUACCAGGUCAACGUGACGCGGAUGUACCACCCUGAAACGGAGGUGAUGGAGAUGCUAGGCUGCGAGCGGCAUGUUUCGGCGACGGGCGGGGUGAUUCCCGUGGAGUUUGUGGCGGGGGCGCCGCGGGUGUUUUAUCCUGUGAAGUACCUCAAUGGGUCUGGACUUUGUGGGUUCUAG